UUCUCUUGCAUGUACAAACACCCAAUUCCAUAGCCAUCUAGCUCAUUCUUUGGUGGUGGAUAGAAGCACUUUCAAAGAUAAAAUUACCAUUUUACCCUUCUCCUCGAAUUUUUUCACAUCUUCGAACGUAAGCUAGAAAGCUCUUUCGAUGUCGAGCCAGAUCGUGGAACAAGAUUGGGGAGACGUAACUCGCUCAGAUCAACCGUUUUCCCCCGAUACAAAAUGGGCAGAAGAGGAACACAGUCGAAUACUGAGCAUGAAACUUCCAGGGUUUCCAAAGAAUCAACUACAAAUCACCUUGAAUGCAGCAACAAGGACUCUUACAGUUACUGGACAGAAACAAGAUGGCCUAUUCAACAUUAUUCGUUUGAACGAACGUAUAUCGAUCGACGACACAUGCUCCCUAGACGGAGUGUUUGCAAGACUGCAUGAUCAGACUCUUUUUGUUACCUUUUCCAAGAAGAAAUAAAUCGUCAUUUCAAUCGAAAUGAAGAUUUACGUUCAUAACGAAUAAUGAUCAUCUUCUAUGUACAUAAUAGAGUUUAUGUAUUUCGAUACCUGUAAUUGAAUCGUGUGUGAAGAACGAUGUUAUUGUGCACUUGAAUAUGAAUAAAUUGAAUAUUUACAUUUA